AUGAUUUUGUACAUAGUGGUGUCACUAAUCUUGUUUAUAAUUUUAUUAUCGUGGUUUGAUUUGAUAUGGGAUGCAAAAAGCAAUUCUAUACCUGGGCCAUUCCCCCUUCCAUUAGUAGGAAAUGGACUUCAUUUUCUUGUAAAACCAACUGAGUAUUUGGGCGUAUUAGAACGAUUACAAGAAAAAUAUGGAAAAGCUAUACGCGUGCAUCUUUUCUCCAGUAGAUAUGUGGUUUUAUAUCACCCAAAGUAUAUUGAGGGCGUAGUGACACACUCCGAAAUUAUUACCAAAGGUCGAUCGUACGCUUUUCUCAGAGCUUGGCUUGGCGAUGGACUUCUUACAUCGACAGGUUCAAGAUGGAGGUCGCACCGCAAAUUUUUGACACCGGCUUUUCAUUUUAAUAUUCUGCAAAAUUUCCUGCCAGUGUUUUGUAAGAAUGAAAGGGUCCUAAUAGAGAAUUUAAGAACAUACGCAGAUGGGAAGACUGAUCUUAAUCUAUUUCCUAUCAUAGCAUUAGCUGCUUUGGACAAUGUGACGGAAUCUAUUAUGGGAAUGUCCUUCAACGCGCAAAGGGAUAAAGAAUCGAAGUAUGUAAAAGCAAUAGGAGAGCUAAGUUCUAUUGUAGCACUAAGAAUGAGAAAUGCAUUUAUGGCAGAGGAAACAAUAUUUAAUUUGUCUACGUACAAAAAAAUUCAAGAUCAAGCUUUGAACAUCAUACACGGGCACACUAGGAAGGUCAUAGAAACGCGACGUGAGGAACUCAAAAAAGCAAACAUAACUACAAUGGCCGCGAAUUCAGAUAUUGGAACUAAAAACAAAUACGCAUUCCUUGAUCUUCUUUUGCUAUCAGAAGUUGACGGUAACCGAAUAAGUGAUGAACUAAUACGAGAAGAAGUGGAUACUUUCUUGUUCGAGGGUCACGAUACUACUACAUCCGCUAUUUCAUUUACAUUAUUCUGUAUGUCAAGGCACAAGGAAGUUCAAGAUAAAGUUUUUGCUGAACAAAAAACUAUUUUCAAGGACAAUUUAAAUAGGGAACCAACAUACAGUGAACUGCAUCAAAUGAAAUACUUGGAACUGGUUAUCAAAGAAUCAUUGCGGCUAUUUCCAUCAGUGCCUUUAAUAGAAAGAAUGGUCACGAAAGACAUUGAAGUCGCAGGUUUAAAACUCAAGAAAAACACAUCAGUGGUUAUCGAUAUAAUUCAUAUGCAGCGUCUGCCCGAGCUUUACGAAGAUCCCAUGGAGUUUAGACCAGAACGGUUUGAAUCGAUUAAUGUGCGGAAUCCAUUCAGCUGGCUUGCCUUCAGCGCAGGCCCCAGGAAUUGCAUUGGUCAGAAAUUUGCUAUGAUUGAGAUGAAAGUAACAUUAUCCGGCAUCAUCAAACAUUUCGAGCUGCUGCCGUCCAAUAAAGAAACAGAAUUAACAGCGGAUCUCAUAUUAAGAACACAAGAUGGAGUCCACAUUAAACUAAAACCUCGACAUAUACUUUAA